AUGGAUCACAUAUCUGCAGUUAAGUCAUGCACCGGUUCCUGUGGCGGCACCUUUUCCUCCCAGCUCCCUCUCCCCACGGCCUCCCCGACCCUCCACCCGCUCGCUUCCCCUCUCCACCUUCCCGCCUAUUCCCGCAGCAGCGUCUUCCGCCGCUCCCUCUUCUCCCCGCCCCUCCACCGUCUUCUCCCGGCCUAUUACCGCAACCGUUUUCUUCCUCACCCCGCACCGUUUUCUUCCCGUCUUCCCACCUCCUCGCAGCAGCGUCUGUCUGCCGCGGUCUCUUCCCACCAUCUUCUCCUCUCCCCAUCCUCUUCUUUCCCAGCCUCUUAUUCUCCACUGUUUUCUUCCCCUCCCCACCAUUUUCUUCCCGUUUCCAUCUCCCCACCUUCUCGCAGCAGCGACUUCCUGCCGCGCUUUUCUCUCCCCGCUUCCUCUCCCCACCGCCUUCUCCCCGGAUCGUCUUCUCGCCCUCUCCCUUCUCCGCGCUCUCCCACUGCCUUUCACCUAGAAGCCCUCCACGCGUGCGCGCGCCUGUGUCCCUGCGCCCGGCGUGUCUCUGCGCCCAGGCAGCCCCUGAGCUGGGCCCCUGAGCGCCGCCCCAGCAGCCAACUGGAGACCCCGCAAAGUCGCUGCCUGUGCGACCGCGGCUGCCCCCGCCCCCGCCGCUACCUCAGAACUGAACAGUGUUGGCUGCGGGCGGAAGACUGUGGGGCCCAGAAGACUGCGGGGAGAGGGGGAGGAGGGGACGGAGAGGGUGGGAAAGACCUUGGAAAGUGGGAUCGGGGAGAAGGAGGAGGGGAAGAAGACUGCGGAGUGAGGAGAAAGUGCUGGUAGAACACAGUGUGGUACAGAAGAAGGUGGAGGAAAACGCUGAAGAGAGGGAGAAAGGACGGUGGGAAAGAAGACGAAAGGCCAUGGGAACCUAUAGAGACCUACAGGGAAGAUGGCCAAGGGACAAGGGAGGCAGAGUCUGGAGUUAUGCUGCCUACAGUCACGGAAUGCCGAGGACAGCUGGAAACCACCAGAAGCUAAGAAGGAGAUUUUACCUGAAAGCCUCCCAAAGAAAUCAAUCAUACACCUCCCUUUUGAAUUUCUAGCCUCAUGACCUGUGA